AUGCAGCGCUCCUCCCGGGACCCGGGCGCCCGCAGCAUCCCCGUCCCCGAGGACAGGAAGCUGUACGUCGUGGACUCCAUCAACGACCUGCACAAACUCAACUUCUGCCCCGAGGGGUCCCAGCACCUGCUCCCGCCGGAGGAGAAAAUCCCCGAGGCUGGCUCUCGCUCCGCCGAUGGGCGCUCCCGCCUGCUCUUCCUGGGGCUGGUCCUGGCGCUGAUGGUCAGCCUGGUGCUGGUCGCCUUGGUGACCUUCCUCAUAAUUCAGACCGGAAGCAAGAUGGAUAACGUGUCGCGAAGACUGGCAGCUGAGGGGGAGGACAUAGACGAGCUCAAGAAACUCAACAGCAUGAUCGUCCAGCGGCUCAACCAGCUGGAGGCACAGAACUAG